AUGUAUUUUUGCUAUAAGAGCUAUAAAAGCUAUAAAAAGAAUAAAGUUAGCUAUAAAACUAGAGUAGUAAAAGAUAGGCUUACUAGUAAAAGCUAUAAAACUAGAGUAGUAGGUGCCUUUUAUCUAGACAAGAGUAAAGUCUUACUAUUAAGAAAGUACUAUAAUAAAGCUAGAGUAGUAGCACCCUUUAUUAAGAAGACCUUCUACCUACUAGUAAAGAGAAGGUCUAGCCCUUUUAGCUUUAUUAUUAAGAGCUCUAGUACUAAGGCACUAUACAUAAGAGCUAAGUCUAAGUACUACUAUAAUAAGUAUAAGCUAAAUAGAGGAAAAGAGUACUCUAGGCUAUAUAAAACUAAUAAGAGACUACUUAAUCUAAUUAAGGACAAGAUCUUGUUCUAUAAUAAAGUAUUAACAGUAGUAAGGAGGUUAAUAAGAUUCUAUAAGGGUUUAGUAUUCUUUAACUUUAAGAGUGUUUUACUUACUAAAGGAGCUAUAGGUUACUAUAAAGAUUUUAUUAAUACUUUAUCUAAGAGAGUAGUAGUAUAUAUACCUAUAAAAGGCAUUAGGCUAAUAAGUAUAGAUAAAGAGGAGCUCUACUAUAGAAUAAGACUAAGAAAAGCAAAAGGUAGUGUUUAUUAUAUAGUAAUAGGAAAUAAUAUAAAGUAUUUAGCUAGAACUAUUUAUAGUAACAAGUACUAUAAGGUAAAAAGGUAUUUAGUAGUUUUAAGGAAUAAAUAUAUAACUAUAAAACCUUAUUACUUUACUCUACUAGUAAAAAUAGACUAA